AUGAACGCGUGUAUAUUCGAUACAUUUGGAAUUCCGAAAUUUUUUCAUUUUGUGACCGCAGAACGUGUCACAAGAAGAGCGGGAAGGAUUUUUUCCGAUCCUGCGCAAAAGUAUUUGGCAGAAGCUAUUGCUCAUAACGACGACUCUAAGAGAAAACUAGAGCAGUUGGGGGAUUUUGUGACGCAAAUUCCAUUGAAAGCUAGUCACAAUCUCAAUAUUACAUCCAUACCUCAUGCUGACCUUUCCGGUCAAGAGUCUCUACCAGAUUCACCACAAUCUCCGCAAGACUCAUCAGAACCACAAAAAAAGAAGCCUGGCAGAAAACCAUUAACAAACACUCCAAGCUCUAAACGCAAAGCUCAAAAUCGUGCGGCACAGAGAGCUUUUCGUGAACGAAAAGAACGAUACGUCAAAGAGCUAGAGACCAAAAUCAAAAGUUUAGAAUCACAAUCAGCUAAAACCACGCAUGAAAAUGCACAGUUAAAAUCACUAGUCGAACAAUUGCAGACGGAAAAUUAUUUUUUGAAACAAUCAACAUUUUCUUUUGAUUUUUCACUAGAAGACAAUGGUAAAACGACAGAGAAUUCGCUUGCUCUCGAUAAAAGUAUUGCUGAUCUUUUAUUGUCACCUAAUCAACCAUCGCAACCUAAACCUCUACCGGUUGACCCGGUUGAUCCGGUUGAUCCUUCACUUAAUACACUAUCGAUUGAUCUUGAUCCGUUCACUCCACCGUCAUCAAAUGAGAGUGAUGAAGAGCUGACCUUUGAACCAAUUGAUCUCUUCGCUGAGGCUGAUUUCAGUCAAACAUCACAGACGACAAAACCAUCGUCAGUUAAACCACAAAAUGCACAAGAAUUCUAUCUAACAACCACCAAUAAUAUGCAAAAUUCCGUAUCAACAGACAAUUCAAAAUCAAAAUCGGCAGACUAUACUAGAUAUCGUGAUCCUACACCAUUUACUGCGUCUAUCGACAACCCUUACUCUGAAUCAGAGCCGAUUCCACCACUUUUUGAAGGUGAUUUUGAAAGUUUUGGCAGCUAUGCACCAAUGCAAACUCCUGGCCAAGAAAUCAAAAAUCCGUUGGGUGCAGUUUUCUCAAUCGAGGAUAUAAGAGACAAGAAAUAUCUCUCGUGUAAUAAGGUAUGGGAAAAGAUUCAGCAACAUCCAAACUUCGAUGACUUCCAAGGUGACGAGAUUGAUAAUUUAUGCAAUGAAUUAAAAUCCAAGGCAAAAUGUUCUGGUCAUGGACCUGUAGUACCCGAAGAAGAGGUUGAUAAAAUACUUGUAAAGUUGGAGGAAAAAGACCUUUAA